AUGGCAUCAUUAGGAAAGACAUUGGAUGUAGCUGUUAUCGAUGAGAUUCAAAUGAUUGGUGAUCCAGAUAGAGGAUGGGCAUGGACACAGGCCCUUUUGGGUUUAAAGGCAAAGGAGAUCCAUUUAUGUGGAGAGGCUUCUGCCGUUCCCUUGGUGAAGAAAAUUUGUGAAACAUUGGACGAAGAGGUCAUUAUCAACGAAUACACUCGUCUUACUCCCUUUGAGGUAAAGGAGCAAUCCUUAUCAAAUGAUUUAAGUAAGAUUAAGAAGGGUGACUGUGUUGUUGCAUUUUCUCGUAAUGACAUUUUUGCGCUCAAGAAUAAGAUUGAGUCAUCUACUGGUCUUCGAUGUGCUGUUGCUUAUGGUGGUCUCCCCCCAGAGACUAGGGCUCUUCAGGCCAAGGCGUUCAAUGAUCCAGAAAGUGGUUUUGACGUAUUAGUUGCUUCAGAUGCUGUUGGUAUGGGUCUUAAUUUGAAUAUCAAGCGUAUUGUUUUCACAACAGUCGAGAAAUUUAAUGGAAAAAAGUUCAGUUUUGUUAGUAUUCCACAAUUGAAGCAGAUUGCGGGGCGUGCAGGUAGAUUCGGAACAGCUUAUAAUGAGGGUGAAGUCACUACAUUGAAGCCAGGUGAUCUUACCUACGUUAAGGAAUGCGUAGCUGCACCCAUUAUUCCUCUUGAGUUGUUUGCUUUACAAAUGCCCGGCGAAAAAUUUUCUGGACUAUUGGCAAUUGCAGAAAAACUUGAGCAUAUUAAGUUGCCAUUGCGUGAUCUCUACCAGUUUGUUACUGCACCAGUGAGCACUCGUAAUGAAAAGUCCAUGGAUGUUAUUGAAACUUUGGCUAAAAAGUUUAGCAAAAGUGAAAUCUGUACCUUGGAUGAUGUCAUUACGUUACCAAACGUUACACCCACUUCACCUGAAGGAUUAAUGUCAUUGGAAAAUAACCACAAGAAUAUUAUGCUUUACAUGUGGUUAAGUCUUCGAUACCCAGAAACAUUUACAUCCACACCAGAACAUUCAUUUGAAACUAAGACUCGUUGUGAGGUGAUGAUUGAUGAUGUCCUUAAAAACUCUGGCUUUGCAAAGAAAAAGAGAGGCAUUAAAAACAACAACAAGAAAGUCAAAAAGGACUCCAAAUCAGGGUUCAAAAAAUCUAAAAAAGAAUAA